UAAUGGCCAUUUUAGACUCGAGAGGCUGCUGGAACUUUCUAUCUUCGAUAUAUUUAUGCUCGAAGCUUUCCAUUUAUAGUUUAUAUAUAUUUUUAAGUGCGACAUAAUUGUUAUUGUGUUUUUUGUUGUGUUAAUCAGGUUAUUCCUUUUUUUCUGAAGUGCGAAAGAUAUUUUAGAUUUUUAUUAAAAUGAGGCUGCUUUACGUUGAAAGCAGGGGUGAUGAAGAAGGACCUUUUUGCAACUGCAGUAGUGGAAAAUUACCUUGUGAUAUUUGUGGAGAGGAUGAUGAUGUCUCGGAGUGGGCGUGGGACAGCGCGGUGGCGACCCACUCAACGGUGCUGGACGCCGGGAACCGCGAGGUGCGCUUCCACCCCACGUUCAGCUCUGGCACGGCGGCUGUGCGCGGCGACACGCCCUUCAAGCCGGACCUCCACUACUACUGGGAGAUAAAGAUACUGUCGCCCAUGUACGGGACCGACGUGAUGGUGGGUGUCGGCACUGAGAAAGUUGACCUCGUUGGCUCAGCGCUGAGCUUCUGCAGUCUCUUGGGAGCUGACAAGGAGUCCUGGGGCUUGUCGUACAAAGGCAUGCUGCAGCACGGCAGCCAGUGGUCCAGCUACAGCGCUGCGUUCGGCGAAGGCAGCGUCAUCGGCGUCCACCUGGACAUGUGGAGCGGCACCCUCACCUACUACCUCAACAGGAAGCCCCUGGGAGUGGCGUUCACGGCGCUGAAGGGGCGGCGACUUUACCCGAUGGUGUCGUCGACGGCCGCGCGCUCGGCCGUGCGCGUCACCUGCUCCUUCUCGUGCUGCUCGUCGCUGCAGCUGGCGUGCCUGCAGAGCAUCGGCUGCAGCCAGCCGCUCAUGGAGCGCCUGUUCUCCAUCCCGGGCCUGCGCCGGUGGCAGGGCCGUGCCUACUGGUGGCGCACCGCGCCCGCCCGGCACCGCCAGCCAGAGGCUGAGAGUGAGGAGGAGGAUGACAGGAAGAGGCUGAGAUUGGAUUUGGAAGAUUGGGAAUUUCCAGAGACAAGAUGCGUGGAGUACUAGAAAACUUAGUGGCGUUGAUUGAGGGGCGUUGUGUGGCCCCGUGCCAGUCAGUUGCGAUUGCUGUACGUCAGCGGAAUCCAGUCUUCCAGUCGACCGAGCACUUUCGCAAUCGACGUGUGGAACAUUUGCACCUGUAACCACUUUCACUUCAACAUCUCAUAAUAAGCAAUCUUAACAAAUGCGAAAUGCUGUGGUCGGACAGGCAGGACUGCGGUAAUGACCUUGCGUCUGAUUGGCCACACUUCAUUAGUGUGGUCUGCCACCGGUAGCGGAUGCUGUGGGCAGAUGUUUUUUUCUUCUUCUUCUGCCAGUUCAGUCAUAUUUUGGAGUGCGUGGCUGUAUUUAGCAGUCCACUUGUGCGUGCUCGCUCCCGGAGUCCCACCGCGAGUCUGCGGUCAGCCUGCUGGAACCUGUCGUGUGCGUCUUCCCAGUGUCGGGGUGAGUGUCACGUUGGCGCGGAGAAGUUUGCAAUGCAGGGAAAUGCAGAAUCUGGGAAUGAGGCAGUAAAUAAGUUGAGGUGUACAAGUUCGUUACUAUCUCAGCGAUUUCAAUUUGUGUGUGCAGUGCGUAAGUUUGCGGCAUGAAGAAGUGAAAAUAUAUCUAUCAUUUUUGGAAGUGCUCUAUUAUUGUGGACCAACUAAAAUAUAACUCACAAGUUGCCUAGUUGACAAGAAUAAGAGAGGGUAGAAAUUUGUUACUUCAACACCUUGCAGUGGUAGUUAUACUGUGAAGUCCUGAAUAUAAAAAAGAAAAAUAUGCUGUAGUUACCAAAACUAAAAUGGUUUUUACAGUGGAAACAUUCUUGAAAUGGUUUAUUAUAUGUAUGUACAUAUUUGUAUGUAUACCGAAGUGCAAAGUUAUUAAUGCUCUAGACAAGAAACCUUUCCUGAUUUUCAUUUUGUGCAAAAGAUUAAAGUGUGAAAUAAAGUAUUGUCCAGUUGUUUCCUGUUGUAGCCUAAAAAAAUUAAGACCAUCAGCAUACAGUGUGAUGGCGGUUUAAUCAUUUUGUGAUGUUUUCCAACUGUUUCUUGUAUGUUUCGGUUGUAAAUAAACUAAAAAUUUCUUGUACAUUGUAAAUAUGUAGGUUAGUUAUAUGUACGUAUAGGAAUUUCAAAAAAAGUGUUAAUUAAAUAUGGCCAAGAAAAGGAUUUUAAGUAUAUGUUUUCAGUUAACUAGUUUAAAUACUACAGGAAAAUUUUGUUAACUUUUGUUUUAUUUUUUUUUAAAUACUUUUUAUUACAAAGUAACAUAUUUAAUGUAAGCUUUAACCUACUAUUUGCAUUACCAUAAAUAAAUAGUUUUGGUACUGUUGGUUAUUACUUUAUUAUUCAUCAAUAAUAUUGUAUAAUGACUCGCAAGUUAAGCAGCUGAUAAUUAACUAAAUACUAGCUGAAGUUUUUAUCAAGUCCGUCUUUGUCACAGGAAUAGUUGGCAAUAUAGUGACUGGUUUUUACGUGUAUAAUGAAAGCAAAAAUUUUGUCAGUACUAAUAGUUAGAUCUGUGUGAAUAUUCAAAAUUUUUGAUACGAAUAAUUUAGUUAUCGUAUUCGUUUCGAUCGAGUUAUGCUUCGAAAUAACUAAUAUUGGUCUGCUUAUGAAUAUUUGACAUAGCAUACCUUGUAAGUUUGUUGAAUACCAAUGUUCACUGUUGUUGUUAAUUUGUGUGAUACAAGUACACUUUUUGAUGUUUGAAUGGCACUUCAUCAUCCAAAGCAUGAACUAUGAUUCAAAGUUUUUUUUUCUUGAUAAACAAUAAAGCAAAAAUUGUGUGAACAAUA